UGAUGGAGUGUCGAGGCAUUGCCUUUAUGACCUCUGCAAACAUCCGGAUGUUUCCAUAUCCGUCCUUCGUUCCUAUAUUACUCCUUACCUGAAACAAAAUGGCGUUGAAACUUUAUUAUGAUUUCAUGUCGCAGCCUUGUAGGGCUGCCUUCAUCUUCCUGAAACUGAACAAAAUCCCAUUUGAGCAUAAACGUGUUGCACUAAGGAACGGAGAACAUCGCAGUGCCGAUUUCAAGAAGAUCAGCCCCAUCAGUCUCGUUCCAGUCAUAGACGAUGAUGGCUUCAUUCUCACAGAAAGUGUGGCUAUCCUGAAGUACCUGGCUCUGAAACACAACGUGCCUGACCACUGGUACCCGCGGACUGACCUCAAGGCUCAGGCCAGGAUAGACGAGUACUUGAACUAUCAACACUUCAGCACCAGGCUCAACAUGGCUAUGCUCUUUCAAAAUUUAGCAAUCUUACCAAGGCUGAGAAACAAACCAGUUGACUGGAAACAAGUUGAAAAAUUCAGAAAAGGUACUGAAGUUACCGUCAAUCAAAUAGACCAGUAUUUCCUGAAGGACAAUCGACCAUACCUUGCUGGUGACGACAUUUCACUGGCAGAUCUAGUCGGGAUAUGUGAAGUGAUGCAGCUAUAUGCCUGUUGUGAGGAACGGUUUGUCGAGUCCAAUCUAAAUGUGAACUCUUGGCUUGAACGUGUCAAACCACAACUUGAUCCAUAUUUUGAUGAAUCCAAUGUUAUGGUAAAUAAAGUACGGGAACAUUUUCUAAAAACGCCGCCAGUACAACCGAAAUUAUAGCUACUUUCGCCUGUUAUAUUGUCUGCAUUAUAUUGUAAUCAGAUAUAAAUGACAAAAUGGAAAAUGUUGAAAUUAUGGUUACUGUGGUAGUAAGAUUGAAUUAAUCAUGUGUAUGGAUGUAUAAGAAAAUUAAAAUAUUCAGGAAAUUGUUUAA